AUGUCCAUGCCUCAUUGUCAUUAUUCUCUGUCUAUCGCAUCUACUACUGGACCUAAAUCUUACAAUGAGGCCUGCAAGUAUGAUUGUUGGAACAAGGCUAUGCAAUUGGAAUUGUCUGCCCUUGAGAAAACAGGUACUUGGCUUAUUGUGGACCUGCCUCCAAACAUCAAACCAAAUGGCGGUAGAUGGGUCUAUAAGAUCAAACACCAUCCUGAUGGAACUAUUGAGAGGUUCAAAGCAAGAUUAGUUGCUAAGAGAUACAAUCAAAUUGAAGGUCUAGACUACUUUGAAACAUAUUCACCUGUUGCCAAAAUGACCAUAAUCAGAACUGUCAUUGCUCUUGCAACCAUCAACAAUUGGCACCUUCACUAA